AACAAAGUAACAGCCGUACGUAGUAACCUAUGGUAUUGGUAACAACUAACAGUCGGUUUGUGUAAGGACUGUUACAAUGAAUAAUAGUAAUAGCCGUGGUAACAGGAUUUGAGGGUCUGUUAUUAAAUUAACAGAUAAAAUAUGUUGGCAGUAACAGUUGUUGUUAGUUAUUUGUAGAUAUCUGUUACUUUUAUCGGUUACGAUAAAUAUGCCUCACUCCUACUCUGCCAAGUUCCAAACCAACACCGACACCGUAUUAUUGACUAUUGAGUAUCUUUUGGCUUCUACAGUCUUAUUAGAGUAACGCUUUUCAUAAAAAAUAAUAAUAAAAACAACCAUAACAAAGCAAACAUAAACAAUGUGUAGUAUGUCAAAUUAUAACUGUUUCUAACUAGUUCAAAAUUUCAAAUAGUAUUGUUUACGUGUGCGUCUCGCCCUCGCCAGAGAGUUAUCUACCAGAAAUUAUAAGAUAAAAUGUUUACUAUUCAUGAAGGUGAAGUAAUUUACAAAGAAAUAUACGGUUCUCUUCCUAAACAAAGAAUCUACGUGAAACCGCCAGACCAAUCAAACGUUGUGGUGCUCAACGAGGAGAAGUUUAAUGAAUUCGCUAAUUUAUUUACAAGAGUGUUCCUGCCUCAGGGUUAUCCAUAUAGUGUAAGCAGAGAUUAUUCAAACUAUCAAAUAUGGGACACAGCACAAGCUUUCUGCAGCACAAUCACUGGUAUUCUUGCAACCCAGGAAGUUCUGAGAGGUGUAGGAGUUGGCGACACAACUGCAACUCCAUUAGCAGCUACUGUGACAUGGGUUCUAAAAGAUGGAUGUGGACAUUUAGGGAAGAUUUAUUUUGCUUACACCCAUGGCACCCAUCUGGAUGCUUACAGUAAAAAGUGGCGGCUGUAUGCAGAUGUGCUGAAUGAUGCAGCAAUGUGCAUAGAAAUAGCUUUACCAGCGUUCAAGAACUACACCACAGCAGUCUUGUGUGUUAGCACAGUAAUGAAAGCCAUUGUAGGAGUUGCUGGAGGUGCAACCAGAGCAGCCAUGACACAACAUCAUGCUAUUAGGAGCAAUCUGGCAGAUGUCUCCGCAAAAGAUUCUGCUCAAGAAACAGCUGUCAAUCUGAUUGCCUCCCUUACAGCUUUGACAAUCAUUACAAUCUUUGGGAGUUCACUUACGGUAUUCACAACUAUGAUGAUUUUUCAUAUUAUCUUCAACUACAUGGCUGUGAGAUCAGUCUGUUUGAGGACCUUGAAUGAACCAAGAUUUUUACAAAUAAUUGACGCCUAUUUGAAUGAGGAAAUUAUUGCAAAGCCUUGUACUGUGAACAGAAAUGAACCAGUUGUAUUCUUACCAAUUGGCCCGAACAGUUUAGAUAGACAACUAUGCGGAUUCCAAAUCAAAAUAGGUCAUUCUAUGAAGAAACUUGUGGAUAAAAAUCCAAAAGCUUAUUUUAUGAUCAAUGUUAAAGGAGUUUACAAACACAAUGAUUACAUCUUAGUGCAUUGUUUGGAAACAAGGAAGAUAUACAUAUAUCCGCGAGACUCUGCCACUUCUGAUAGUAUAUUGUGUGCUUACUUCCAUGCAGUUUUGUAUGGCAUUGUGAUUUGUGCGAUAAAUGAUAUUCCUUUGAAUAUUUACAAAAACCCCGCAAAUCUUCAGAAACCAUUCCCCGUUAUUUGUGAGACCUUACAACAAGCUGAGUGGUCAAAGGUUACAGUAGAAAAUCUACCCCUACACAGCAAAUUUAAUUACGAACCUUCAUUUGAACUUAUGGACUUUCUUAAUAAGAUCGUGCAAAGAGAAUGGGUCAAAGUAAGGGUAGGACUUCAAAAAGUUGGCUGGGAGGUUAAUAAAAACCUUCUUGUCGUGGAUGAAUGGCGCAUCUGCACUGCAAAGCUUAUAGCCACGCAAAUUUCUGUAAGAGAAAAUCUCAUACCAAAAGUUGUAGCUCAUAGUGUUCCUAAAAUAAAGACAUUUAAUAAACACGAGGAAGUCACUGAUAAGCAAGAUAAGCUUAAUGCUUACUUAAUUGAACCAGACACAGAUAAUUCAGAUACAAAUAUAGGUAAAGGAAACCGCGAAGCGACACAAGAGCAAGAUUUACCACCCAGAGUGUACAAUAACCAGGUAUUGUCUAAUAUCUGAGACAUAGAACCUAGUAUGCAAUAUGUUAGUUUAAUAUGGUAUUAGACUUUUUAGUAAAUAAAUAUGGUACAAUUUAGAGUCAAUUCACACUGAAGGAGUAAUACCGUGAAGCAGAACUCCCACCUGAAUUUAUAAGCAAUAUUGGGUAUAGAAGUAGUUAAAGUUUGCCAUGCUAUGUGAACUAUGGCUGUCCUAGUCAUGCUAGUGGGAAUUUAUUGUUACGAAUUUUAAUAAAAGAUCGCCUGUACGCCUAAUUUAAUGCGCACAGACCUGCAUCAUUAUGUCCAUUUCAAUAGACUAUUAUGUCGAAUGUAGACAUAUUAUUUUUGAUAAUAUUUUAUUAAUUUAUGUUGGUAUGUGAUAGAUGAAAAAUGGUUUUAUAGUUUACAACACCAUAUUUAUUUAUGACUUUAUUUUACUAGAUACAUUUUAUAUACAUUUUUAAAUAAAUCAGAGAAUAUUAUACCAUACAGACGAUACAGAUAUGUUCUGUUGCAGAAGGAUACUUUGUAAAUAGGUGUUUCUUACAGUGAUUAGAUGGUUUAUAAUAAAUGAAUAUUAUAUGGCUAAAUCAUAUUAUAAUAAUAGAUAUAUACUAUUAAAUAAUAAUUAUUUUGAUGAAAUUAAUUUUGUUUACUCAAAUAGGACAAUACAGGCAAUUAUUUACAUUCCUGUUUAUAUUUUUAUGAUGUUUGUUAAAUUUAAUAUUAAGUAAAUGUUUGAACGAAAAUUUGUAUAAUUUUAUAUACAUGCGUAAUAUACCUAGAGUAUAAUAAAUAAAUAAUUAAUAUGGGUGAA